GUGCGCGUCUGAAGGGGAGGUCUCAAGUCCUUUAAAUAGCGACAGAUCUACUCACAACACACAUUUAGGGCAGUCUAAGGCUUGCGCUGCACUGAAGAUCACAGUACCCAGCUAAAUCUACAAAGGAUCUCUUCAAAAUUAAAGCAUCUUCCAGUUAUUCAGAAUGCAGAGCCUGAGUGUACUGCUGAUCUUUACCCUUUGUGGGUCAAGCUUGUGCAACCUUAUGCAGGAGAAACAGACAGAUUUUGGGCUGCAGGUGUUCUCCGAAGCCAUCCAAACUGCUCCGGACAGAAAUCUGGUUCUCUCUCCCUAUGGCAUCUCUUCAGUGCUAGGCAUGGCUCAGUUGGGUGCUUAUGGCAGUACUCUUCAAAUGCUCACCGCCAAGAUGGGCUACUCACUGCAAGCACGAGGAAUGCCAAAACUACAGAGGCUUCUUCAGAGAGAUCUGGCCAGUGAAGACUGGGUAGAAGUGGCCAGCGGUGUCAUGGUUGACAAGAAGAUAAUCCUAGAAAAGAUUUUUAGGCGCAGCCUGACCAAAGCCUUCCAGAGUGUCCCUCACCAAAUAAACUUCAGCCAACCAGAGAUGGCCCGGCAGUUGAUUAACUCCUGGACAUCUGACCACACUGGUGGAAUGAUUACAGACUUCCUCCCCUCUGGGGUGUUGAGCGAACUGACACGGUUGGUCCUGUUGAAUGCCAUCCACUUCCAUGGGGUCUGGAAGACACCGUUUGACCCUAAACUUACCAGGGAACAGCUAUUCCACAGGGUCAACGGCAGUGCUGUAUCCGUUCCUAUGAUGACUAUGACUUCAAAAUUCAACUGUGGUGAGUUUGUGACUGAAGAUGGUGUGGACUACGAUGUCAUUGAGGUGCCUUAUGAGGGGGAGUCACUAAGUAUGCUUCUGGUGAUGCCAUUUGAGAGGGAUGUGCCUCUUUUGGCCUUGAAGACAGAGCUGAGAAGCAGCAAGAUUGACCAAUGGAGAAAACAGAUGAGAAAGAUUAACAAACAACUUGCUAUUCCAAGGUUCUCCAUGGAUACAGAAAUUGAUCUGAAGUCCACACUGAGCAAGAUGGGUCUUGGAGACCUCUUCAGCCAGAGCAAAGCUGAUUUCUCUCGCAUUACCACUGAGGAACUUUUAUGUGUAUCCAAGGUCCUUCAGAGAGUAAAACUUGAGGUGAAUGAAGAAGGAACUAAAGGCUCAUCUGCCACAGCGGCUGUGAUCUACUCUCGCAUGGCUGUUGAGGAGAUCACACUGGAUAGACCCUUCUAUUUCCUCAUUCAGCACAAACCCACCGGUGCGUUGUUGUUUAGCGGUCAAGUAAACCAGCCUCAGGAAAACUAACAGAGCUCAGUUGUGCCUGAAGUAACCACAUGAACCGAAGGACCAAAGAAACUGCCAACAAGUCUGCACACAACAUACUACUGAAGUCAGGAGAUGCUUGGAGUUCUAUUUUAAAUUUGAAACUUUAAGCAACAACAUAUAAUUGUUUAUUCAGCAUGUGUCCUGCUAUGGGGGAGGAAAGCUAUAUAUAAUAUAAAAAGAAAGCAUUACUGUUUGAAACAUAUGGCUGAAACAAUCAGGGACAUUUGAUGAACAAAUUUUCUAGGCUCUGCAGACAGUGGUUCUACAUGCACUAAUUUGAAGAGUGAAUUCAUUUGUAUGCUUUGUUUCAUCUGUUUAAUAUGCUUUUUUUUAAGUUGUAUUUUACAGUAGCCUAUUUAUAUUAAUUUAUUGUCGAAUGUUAUAUUUUCUUGAAGACGGUUUAUUAAAAUUGCUUUAUUUUAUAAUAAAAGCGACCAUACGCACACAUGAA